GAGCUGGAGAGAGAAGAAUUCAAGGGCCUGCUGACGUUUGGGGAAGUGGUUGAGCAUUUCACGGAGAAGGAAUGGGCUCUGCCCAGGGAAGUCAUGGCAGAGAAUUAUGAGACGGUGGACUCUCUAGAAUCAGACCUUAGUUCCUGUUGGGAAGAAGAAGACGAUCCCUUUGUCCACGACCCCAGAGAGAAGGAGACAUCAGCAGAAACUGCCAAACUGGCCUUGAUGUCGUGGCUGAAAGAAGAGGAUCCAUUUAGGUGUGGCUCCGAGGAAGAGAAGAGAUGGGCAGAGGCACAGAAACGCCAGAAUAACGACUGCGUGGUUGUCGGGGAGGAGGGUGCUGCCCAGGAUGUGCUAGGGAGACCAUCGACCUCUGCCAAACCAUUGCCGUGGCUUGGCUUUGAGCGAGCCUUUUCUUUCGUGUCGCAGAGGGGCAAGAACGUGACGGUGCAGUGCAAAUUCUGCUUACCCAAAGUGAAGACGGUGAGCGCGGCAACAACCUCCACAUCCAACCUGAAAAGACAUUUGCAGAAGCAGCACCCAGAGCAGCUCAGAGCUCUCGAGGCUGCAAAAAGGAAACAUACAAAGAGGCAUGACUUCUCUGAAGCAGAAGACACUAGUGGAACAAGGCCUCCCAAGAUGCAGGUGACCCUAGAGAGGUGGGGAUCUGGCAGAGAGCCUGUCACCCAGAAAAUCCUGGAUAAGAAACUCCUUGAUUUCAUCGUGGAGGAGGCAAUGCCCCCUGAGCUUGUGGACAAGCCAUCGUUCGUUGAGUUUGCUCGUCUUGGCCUCAGCAAGGACCUGUCCGUUAUGAGUUCGAAGACUCUGAGAGACAGACUGGAAAAAAAGGCUUACCAAAUGAGAGAAGAGGUUGCAAUGAAACUGACUCGAGUGGCUCAUGUGGCCACCAGUGUGGAUUGCUGGACACAUGGGAAAAACAGUUACCUCGGGGUCACAGCCCACUGGAUCAACCCAGAUAGUCUGACUCGCGAGUUCUGUGUGCUGGCUUGCAGACGUCUGAAAGGACCCCCCACCUAUGAUCUCCUGGCUACAACGCUGCACAAUGUUCAUGUGGAGUACAAAAUCCACGACAAAGUGGUAUGUACCACCACAGACAACGGCUCUAACUUUAAAAAAACCUUCAGAGUUCUCUACAACGACAGGGAGGCGGUGGAUGUCGCAGAGCACUCUGAGGAAGAUGAUGAUGACCAGCAGGAUGUGAAGGUGGAAUUUGUGGAUGUCUAUAACAUUCUGGAUGCAGGUGAAGACCAAGACGAAGAAACAGAAGUACGUUUACGUCCAUACGAAAGGUGUGCAAGUCACACGCUGCACUUGGUGGCAACUGAGGAUAUUGUGAGAGCUCUGAACUCUUUGGGGGGUUUCAGAAAACACUUUUGCUCCUUAUUAGGGAAAUGUUAUAAACUAUGGUCCAAGCAAAACCAGUCAGUAAUUGCUGCAGCGUACAUAAGGGACCAGUGUGGUGACUUUCUCAGGGUUCCAAAUAAAACGAGAUGGAAUUCUAUCUAUGGUGCCCUGAAGCAACUAAGGGAUCUGUUGUCCACUGCGCCACAGAAAAUAGAUUCCAUCAUGGACUUCUGCUCCUUGCAGAGGUUCACAACUCCCGAGGUCCACGUCGUCCAGGAGUAUUGUGAGAUCUUGGGGCCAGUUGCCCAGUCCAUCGAUAUCCUUCAAAAGGAAAAUGGCAUGUAUAUGGGUUAUUUGCUGCCAACUCUGCAUGCUCUAGACCAUAAACUGCAGGUGUUGGAGAAGAAGUCUGUAAAUUACACCUACUGCCGCCCUCUGGUGAAGAUUGUACGAGGAGCAAUCAGAAAAAGGUUUGGGCCAAUUUGGGAGAAGCGCCAGCUUUUGGUGGCAGCAUCCUUACACCCUCGGUUCAAGCUGGACUGGCUGGAUCUGUGCAAUACAGAUCUCAGCAGGUAUGACAUGGAAAAUUGUCUGAGAGAUCACAUUCACGAAGUAGUUGCUAAGCAGGGUGAAAGCGCUUCAGACAAGGAACGUGCAAACGACUGCGACGAUGACUUUUUCAGCAUACAGUCUCAGAGCAAAAAGUCAGCAGAGGACUCCGCAGAAGAGGAAGUCUCAAGGUACCUGGAGUUUCCAAACAGGGAGCUGUCAUCGCUGCAUGCCUUCCCACGCGUUUUGAAAAGCUUCCUUCAGUACAACACGGGUCUGCCUUCAAGUGCAGCUGUGGAGCGUCUCUUCAGCACAGGCGGGAAUGAAAUGGCUGUCAAAAGACAUUCUCUGACUGAUGACAUGUUUGAGCACCUGGUGCUCCUAAAGCAAAACAAGGCGAUAGUUUGAGGAUCUCUUUGUUUAAAAAAUGUGUGUUGCGGCCAUUUACACUGAAUAUCUAAAGACGUUUUCUUAGUCUUCUACUUUGCAAGCUGUUUGACUGUACAAGUUACUUCACAAGCCGGUAUGUCUCAGCUAGUAAUCAAAACUCGCAGUCUGGGCUUUUAAGUUUAAUGAUGAUCACCGUUGGUGGAAAAAUGAACAAUUCGACCUUCGAGGUCCUUGGGAUGGGUAAAUCGUCAUGAGUCUGUCAUCUAUCGUAUGUUGUUAAUAUAAUUGCUUUUAUUAUGUAUCGAUGACUGUCCAGUAUUUCUAUCUAUUGUUAUUAAUAUGAUUGCAUCUGAUAUUAUUGUAUUUUAUCUUUUUUAAUGUACGUCGCCUAGAGUGGCUAAUUGCCAGAUAGGCGACAAACAAAUUAAAUAUUAUUAUUAUUAUUAUUAUUAUUAGGAAUGUAUUUUGAGGUUUCCUUAGUCCUCUUACGUGUGGUUUUUACACUUCAGGCUUUUUGGUUCUUUAAGUUUACCAUUAUAAUUCUUGGGGGAAACGAUUCUCAUUCCAUUGUAUCUUUUUAUGUUUUCUUAGUCAUCUUAUGUAUAUUUUAUAUUUCAGCUCAGCAGCUUGAAACAUCCUGAAUGCUGAUUUUCUUUUUUUAGCUGAAGAUGAACUUUUUAUGCUCUAAUAUUUUACAAAUUAUUUUAAUUUCAUCUCCUAGUGAUCUCUAGCACGCAGUUUGCCUUCUUCACAGCUGCCACACAUUGGGUCGACAUAAUCAUCAAGUUAUCCAGUAUGAUCCCAAGGUCUCGUUUCUGGUCAGUCACCGCCAGUUCAGACCCCAUGAGCGUAUAUGGGAAUUUAAGAUUUUUUUGCCCCAAAAUGCAUCACUAUACACUUGCUCACAUUAAAUUGCAUUUGCCAUUUGACCGCCUGUUCACUCAGUUUGGAGAGGUCCUUUUGGAGCUCUUCACAAUCCCUUUAUGUUUUAGCCACCCUGAACAAUUUAGUAACAUCAGCAAACUUGGCCACACUUCCAGCACUAAAUGGACCAAUGCUCUGACUUGAUAUAAGGCAUCUUCCUAUGUUCCUCAUUCUAAUCCUAGAUCAUCUUUGACCAAGUUAAAAAGCACAAGUCCCAGUACAGAUUCUUGGUGGGCUUCACUUUCUAUUGCUGUUCUCUCCUUUCUGUUUCCUAGCCAGUUCCUGAUCCACAAGAGAAUCUCUCCUCUUAUUCCAUGACAGCUAAGCUUACUGAGGAGUCUUUGGUGAGGUACCUUAUCGAAAUUGUUUAAAAGUCUUAACUAUACAAGGUCAACUGGAUCACCUCUGUUAAUAUGCUUGACUCAAAGAACCCUGAUAGGUUAGUAAGAAAGUAAUAAGAAUAGGUUCCAUGCAGAAACCAUGCUGGUUCUGCUUCAGCAAGGUUUGUUCUUCUAUAUGCUUAUCUAACAAUACUUUCUGCCAGUUUUCCUGGAACAGACAUUAAGCUAACCAAUCUGUAAUUUCCAGGAUCCUCGUGGAUCCUUUUACUUUGGUCACUUUCCAUUCCUCAAGUACAGUGGCUGAACUCAGGGACAAGUUACACAUUUUUGUUAGAAGAUCUGCAAUCUCCUUUGAGAACUCUCAGUGGCUUGCCACAUAGGCCCAGGGAUUUGUCGGUUUCUAUUUUGUCAAUUAAGACUAGAACUUCAUCUCACUUCAUCCUUGUUUGCCUCAGAUCCUUAGACUCCCUUCUUGCAAAGGUUAGUUCAGGCACAGGGAUCUGCCCUAUAUCCUCUACUGUGAAGACAGAUGAAAAGAAUUCAUUCAGCUUCUCUGCAAUUUCCUUAUCCUUCUUUGACACACUUUUGAUUCUUGCCAAACUUUGUGUUCCUUUUUGUUCUCUGCAUUUAGGCAAGAAUUCCAUUUACUGAAGGAUGCUUUCUUGCCACUAAUACCUUCUUUUGACUCUUUUCCCUGGCCUUUGAUACCUAAGAUGUGUGUUUUCAGGACCCACCCAGUUCAUAUGCUUGUAAUUUAUUUCAACUGUAUUUAAUAUUGAAUUUUAAACUGUUAUAAACCCCACCCCACCCCCUGGGACCUGCUGGUGAAAGGAGGGUAAACAUCAUCAUAGCAAGCACCACCCUUGCAUCCUCUUGGACCUGCUGAUAACCUUUCUUGGCCUGCAGUAUAACUCCAGACCUUUUGACUUUCAAUAUCCUUUUUGCCAUUCCUUUAUUUUUGGGAACUUUCCUUUUCUGAAGCCGAGUGUGACUGUUGGAUUUGUCAGCAACUUUCCUCUCUGGACUUUGCUUCAUUUCUUUUUCACACAGACAGGUUUUUUUUCAUGAUACCUUUUUGUGUUGCAACUUAUACAUAAGAGAAGGCUUUGUUUUGAGAUUUUAAGAAGCUUUGCUUCUAAUUUUACAGUAAUUUAGGUUUUUUUGUACACCUCUGAUGAUUUAAUUCCUGAGUAACGUUUAGACUAUUUUAUUUUGAAACAUUUUUGUUCAUCUCGGCUAAUGUUCUGUUUGAAUUUUCCUGGACACCAGACUGAUCUCUUGUAACAUGCAUGGAAGACCACAGGGGCCUGAUUUCUGGAAUUUCACUCUGCAUUGAUAGUUGUGUUCUUCUCUUAAAAGUCCAUGUAGUUAGGACAGCUGGGAUUAUGUAGGAAGCUUUAAUUGAGUACGUUUUAAAGGGCCGAUGGAGUUUAGAUAGGCCGAUGUAGGAUUCAGCAAUGGUUAAAUUGUAGUUAAUUUUAAUCUUGCAUAUUCUUCUGUGUAGAAUUAAGUUGAAUAGUCAAGUUUACGUAUUCAUAUUCUGUUUUUCCAUGUAAUCCCUAUAUGCAUAUACUGUUCCCUUCCCCAAAAUUCAUUCAUGCAUGAUGUACUGUUGAUUUCUCUUUGAUGUUGUUAUGCUUGAAAUGCAUUCACUAGUCUUU